ACUUGCUAUUAUGGGAGACAACCUUUUUAGUGGAUCCAGAGAUAAUGGAAUUAAGAAAUGGGAUUUGGCUCAAAAAGACCUCCUUCAGCAAGUUCCUAAUGCUCAUAAAGACUGGGUGUGUGCGCUUGGCCUGGUACCUGCUGCUCCGGUUCUGCUCAGCGGCUGCAGAGGAGGCACCCUCAAGCUCUGGAAUGUGGAUACCUUCGCACUCAUUGGGGAGAUGAAGGGACAUGACAGCCCUAUAAAUGCAAUCUGCACCAACUCCAGCCAGAUUUUCACAGCAGCAGAUGACAGGACUGUGAGGAUCUGGAAAGCUCGAAAUGUAAUAGAUGGACAGAUCUCAGAUACAGGAGAUCCAAGUGAAGAUCUUGCCAGUAAUUGAAAUGAUGGGGAUAAAUGAAUAUAUUGGUGAAUUUGAGGUGCACUCUAUGCAGUUUGCUGCAUGCUUAUUAGGUAAACACUGUUGACUGGAAUGAACUGAGAAAUAAGUGUGAACACUUCUACUAGACCUGCUGUCCUUAAAAUAUGUACUGUAUUUAAGAAAAAUAACCUCUUGGUAACAUGCUUGUGUCUCAGUGGUCACAUAUAUAUGUCUAGAUAUUAUGGCUGAAUUUGUGUGCAUAUGUAACACUUGCAGUUUAAAUUAACUGGAAAUCAGUCUUCUCUAAUGACCAUCUCAAAAUUAUAACCUGGAAUAUAUAACAAAAGUGCUCUGCUGUAUUUCACUCACAAGUACGAUCAGCUGUUUUGCAUUUUAGGGUAGCAGGGGAAUGAUGAUGUCCCAGUAACAAGCCUUUGAUUACGACAGGCAGUUUCAAGAUUCUAAAGGUCACUUACACUGUUGUUAGGAAAGUGGAGUGAAAAAAAGAUGGGAAGAAGCUGUUGAUGUCACAUCUAUCUGACAUGGCUGUAUCCCGCUAACAAUGAAUGCCAUAUGAUUUGUGUUAAUGUUAGCAUAUAAUACUUGUUGACCAAAGUUGUGCAGCUAUGUAUACUCUGUGCUCAGGACUAGAACUCAAAUGCUCAGAAAUUGGUAUGUUUUAUUAGUGUUUUGCCUAUAUUCUGUAAUGACUACGUGUUCUUAAUGUCAUGACAGAAAUAUAUCUUAAUCUAUUUUUUCUUAUGGAUUUGUUUCUAUCAUCUCACAUUUUCUUUUUUAAAGCAAAAUGUCUUUCCUUUUUAUCUAAUUUUAUAUGCUGCUAAAUGUAUUUUAAAUACACUGUUUUGCAAACCUUGCAGUUACUUUGAGAACUGAACCACAUGUUGUACUGGAAAAUGCUAUGUAAAUAGAUGGUUGUACAAAGGAAAUAUCUUAUCUUGUGCCUGUAUGACUUUUAAAGCUCUUAGAGUGUGGAUAUUGAGGGAAGAUGUAUAAUUUACCCAACUGCUCUGAAUAUUAAUUUGUAAAUUCUGCAAAUUUUAAAAAAUUAUGUAGAUUUAGGUACAGUGUUUGGAUAUUGAGGUUUUUUGGUUGGUUGUUUUUUUCCAGAAAAUAUCUGUCUGUAAAUUGUAGCUUAUAUAGGUAACAUUUAAAUAAAGAUGUGAAUGUGAACU